UUCAACUCACUCGAACCCAAGACAGCUGGGUUGAAGACACGUACUACAUACAGCUGCUGGGCCGAACACCCUAGCAGACACAUCUCCCAAAUAGGUGCUCGGGCGUCGCGCGCGCGCGCGUGAGAGAGAAUUUGGAUAACCUGACGCAGAAACUUGUUGUUGUUGUUGUUUUUGAGAUACUGUGCGUUGUUUCUCGGAUUUGAAAUAAAUCGGAAACCAGCCAACCACCCCUACCCCAUUAGCGAUGUGUAACCCUGUGUUGUUGUUGUUGUUCUUGACUUUCUUGACCGCCUUUUGAAAAAGGUGCUGAACUCGAUUUGUUUUUAAUUUAAAAAGUCCGUUUUUUUUAAUAUUCAGUAAAUCCGGUUCUGAAAGAGAAAAAAAUUCAGACAUGCUUUCUGUGAGUUAAGAGGUUUAAGGAGGAUCCUCUUCUUCAAACCCUUGACCCUUGUUUUUGGAGAACCUUUAACUAGCGGAAGGAUAAUAAUAAUAUUCGUUUUAUAUAAAUAUAAAAAGUGCCGCCCUGACGAGUGACAGAGCAAGAUGCCGAAGAUAUUCUUGAUCAAGGACCGUCUGCAGCAGCAGCAAGCGCGACUGCAGGAGGCGCAGAAGGAAGGCAGCGGCAACGAUGACGAACGCGAAGAGAGACGUCACAUGGACGUCCACACGUCGUCCCCCUUCAGGCGCGGGACGCCCUCCCCGCCCUCCUCAACCCUCGACUUGAGAAGGCCCAAGUCGCCCUCGAGGAAAAAUAAUAAUAGUAAUAAUAAUUCUUCUUCCUUGCCUAUGGACACUUCCUCCCCUUCGUCGUCACCUACCCUGGACCUUCGAAUGGACAGCGUGUCCCUCUCCCGCGAGAGCCACUUGGACGCCCCUUCAGUAGGCUUAGGCGUCCUGGAUUUCAGGAAGGAGAAUAGCAGCACCACCCUCGACCUCAGGAUAGGAGAGAGAAGCCGCCUUCACCGAUGCUCCAGCCCGCCCGCCCGCCCUUCCAGAUACACGAUCCCCCGUUUUAUCGAGGACCAGAGCGACGAUCAGCCACUCUCCCUCACGACCAGAGACAGAGAUGAGGAACACAGCUACUGGCGAGAUGACGCCCGUCCCCGCAGCCCCGGCCGUCUGGACUCCUCGGCAGAGCGCCCCCAUCGCAGCCUCCCUCCAAUCAGCCUCUUCCUCCCCAGGGGCUCCUUCCGAAGGACCCACUCCCCGGUCCUUCCUUCCCCAGACAUGCUUCUUCCUCCUCAGGACACCCCUCUGAACUGCCACGUGCCCCGCCGGUCAGCGUCUCCUCGCCUGCCGCCCUUCCGCGACUUCAGGCUUCAGCAGCGACCCCCGUCCCCCAUGGAGUGCGACCAGAGGUCCUCUUCCUCCUCCAGGUACCAGGACGACCCGGCCCUGCCCUUCGACCUCACCACCAGGAGAGCCAGGUCCCCCCCGCGGAGGAGCGUGUCACCGCAGAGCCUGCAUCCUUCCCUGGCCUCGAUGUGCCUCAAGGAAUACACCAACGCCGAGGACGGAGGUGGCCAGGGCAACGGCGGGGGUCCCCCUCCGAGUCAGCACUGCAGCAGCUCCAACGGGAGCUACCUGGACGCCUCCCAGGCGGGCCUGUCCUUCUUCGGAAACCUCGGACUGGGAGGGGAUAAGGGCGGAUUGGGAGGCGGCGACGGAGGCGGUGGGGGAGGCCAGACCCCCCCAGGAGGCAUUUCGGGCCUGGAGAGCGCCUCGAUCAUGCCCCCGAUUCCAGGACCUGUCGAGCCUCACGUUUAUUCCCUGCCGGAGCACUGUCGGAGCAUACCGCUGACGGCCAACGACACCUCCCCGGCCUUCCCGGCUCCGACGCACUUCCGGGAGAAACAGCAACAGCUCCAGCAGCACCAGCACCAGCAGCAGCAGCAGCAGCAAACGCUGCUGCUGUCGCCCCAGCAGCACCUGCAGCACCCUCAGCAGCAGCACCCUCAGCAGCAGCAGCAGCAACAGCAGCAGCAGCAGCAGACCCAAUAUCAGCAGCAUCAGUUGCAGAUGCAGCAUCAUCAACAGCAGCCUCAGCAGACGCAGAUUCCGUACACCAUUCCUGCUCCGUCGCCUUCGCCUCUGCCCGUGUCCCCUCCUCUCAGUUGCACCGCCUCGCCCCUCACCAACGGGAACACCAUCCUCAGAUCGCCCUCUGACAACACCUUCGACGCCAUCACCACUCAGACCCAGGUUCCCUUGGUCUCAUCCACUGAGCUUCAGAAUGGAUUUGGGGAAAAGUCUCCCAUGUCCCCCCAGUACAUGCAGACGACUUACCCAAGCAGGCCAUCCCCAGGUGGGACGUCCCUAGUGGAUGCAUCUUCCCCGCCGCUGCACGAUCUACAGCGCGAGGUUCCCCUCCAGGUCCGGGUCUCCAUUCUGCAGCAACGCCUCGGCCUCCCUGAAGACACGCCCCUCGAGUUCGUCAACGGAGGGCACGGUAUCAAGAAUCCAUUGGCACCGAACACCGACACUGGUCGUCCCGACGUGACUGAAAAACUACCUCCACCUCCCCCAACAGUGGCUGAAGAAGAAGGAAGCAAGUUCGUCUGCCGCGUGUGCUCGAAGGCCUUCAGCCUGCAGCGGCUCCUGAACCGCCACAUGAAGUGUCACUCGGAUGUCAAGCGUUACCUCUGCACCUUCUGCGCCAAAGGCUUCAACGACACCUUCGACUUGAAGAGGCAUACGCGCACACACACAGGUGUCCGCCCCUACAAAUGCAACCUGUGUGAGAAGUCCUUCACGCAGAGAUGUUCCCUGGAGUCCCACUGCCUGAAGGUGCACGGCGUGCAACAUAGCUACGCCUACAAGGAGCGGCGCUCCAAGGUGUACGUUUGCGAGGAGUGUGGCCACACCACAGGGGAGCCCGAGUGCCACUACCUGCACCUCAAGGACAACCAUCCCUACAGCCCAGCGCUCCUCAAGUUCUACGACAAGCGCCACUUCAAGUUCAACAACUCGAAUUUCACGAAUGUCCUCCUCAUGAGUCAGACGUAGUAAUGGUGAAAGAUGGUGUCCAGACUUUUGUGAUGUCGGUGAAGAGACAGAGAGAUACAGAUAUAGAGAAAGAGGAGAGAGAUAUAUAGAGAUAGAGAGAGAGAGAGAAAACCUCAACACACACAUUAUGAUCCUCAUAAACGUUUCUCUCAGGAUAAUCGAAAUAGUUUAUAUAAUUAUAUAAAGCUUAAGAGUCCUUUAUAUAUUAUAAUAAUGAUCUAUAACCAACACCCCCUCGCGUGGGAGGUGGGGAGGGGGGGAGAGAGGUUUAUUAUCUUGAUUGCACUCUGCGGUUGUGACCUUUUUUUUUUUUUUUUUUUUUUUUACGUCUUCUCAGACGCCUUUAGUAGACGUUUAAGUUCUACAAUUGAUUGAUAGUUUUGGUAACCUACAGAACCUCACACACAUACGCGGUGUCUCACUCACUGUCGCUUGCUGAUGACGUAGUUUUUAGCGGUAAAAUAAACCAAUUCUUAUUCAAGAUUGGACAGCGACGCCUUUGGACGGAGCCAAGCCAAAGGUCCUCGUUUUGGCCGUCAAUGGUUCUCUCGAAGGGUCAUCUUCAUACCUGGUGCAGGAUAGGUUGGGUCACGUAAAAGGAUUACAAAAAAAAAAAAAAGACUUCUUUAUAGGAGAGGUUAUGAAUUUAUAGCCUUGACCUCAAGUCUCGUUUUCACGAAAAGGAGGAGAUUAUUAAUUAUUAAUAAUGAAUGUGUACAUAACAUAGGGUGGCAUAAAAAAAAUAAUAAAUGUACGCCUCGCGAAGAGGUGACAUGAGGGAUUAUUUUUGUACUCUGCUUUUUUUUAUAUGUAAAAGGAAACAAUUUUAUGGCAUUAUAUGAAAUAGGUUUAUAUAUAUAGUAUAUAUAUUAUGACAAAAUACGAGCACGUAGAUUAUGAUCAAAGUGGGUUUUUUUAACUCAUCUCAUGAAAUAGAUGAGGACACUUCUUCACUGACUGUAUGAAACAGACUGAAGAAUUUUUUUAUUAUCAUUAUUAGCGGGAGACUGGUAGCUACAGGAAUUUGGUCUCUGUAGCUACAAAACCAUAUUUUUAUGUCCCUCUGAUACUUGGAACUGUAGAUAUCAGAAUGGUUUAUAACAUUACAAAUCUUGCCCUCCAGCUUGUGUUCAAUGAGAGGGUAAUGAUUUAAUCUUAGGGUUUUUAAAAUUCAGUAGGGUCAUGGCGCUAAAAGAUGGUUAAAUAUUGACAGAUAAGUGUUGUGGAUUCGAUGCAAUAUAGGUUUAAGACAAAUUUUCUUACGGCUGAGCCAAUCAAGGAUUCAUUCUUCUCUACAUCACUCACGCUGCACUUAUUUUCUUUCGUUCAUCAUUUGCAACAAGAUAGAUGGAAUUUUACACGUUGUGACGUUUGUGUUUUCACAAACCUUUCAUUUCAUUUGUGUAAUGUGUUUCGUCAUCAUCCAUUUGUAGGAUCUUAUAGAGAAAAAUGAUUCUGUUCUCUAUCUUUUAGGUUAAAGGUGUUUUCUUUCUUUCCAAGGUUUGUCUGGUGUUUGCACUCGGCAGCUAGUAAUCCUAUGAUCAUCUCGCUUCGGUUUCCGCUAGUUUUUAUUGUUCUUUCUCUCGUUCCUACAAACUUUCAGCCAUUCCACUAAUCGCGUGAACUAAUUCAGCAAUUCCAGUGUCGUCGCGUCAGGGGGCGCUGUCGCAAUUGAUCUCCAAUGAUUUUUUGGGCAUUAAAGAUUCUUGGUGCUCGACAACGUAACAGUGAUAUAUAUAUAUUAUUAUUAUUAUUUACUUUUAAUGUAGGGAAAUGCUGGUUGUCGCAACCCCGUGCUUCUUUCCAUGAAAAAACAAAGUCAUUCGGAAGGUGGUUUGUUGUUGCUAUUUACAACUACAUGGAUUUUUUUUGUGUGUGUAUUACAACAUUUUCCCAAGGGCAUAUAUUUGCAGCUUUUCACUUUCCCCACUGAGGGUUUCAGUGAUGUACAGUGUGCCUCUUCUUCAGGCCACACACUCUGUGCUGGGGGAUUUACUUAGUAGGGGGGAGGGGGUAGAGGUUGCAAAAUGACCUUUUCUGAAACCCUCUGAAGUAGCAGCAACCCUCCAAAGAAUCCACGCAGGCGAGUUGCACGUUCGUCUGUUUUUUUUUUUUUUUUUUUUUUUUUUUUAAGGGUUUUCAGCCAGAGGUCUGUUUGAUCCUAGAGUGUGGUGAAGGAAGAGCGAAAAAGGGUUUAUUUAGCGAUACGGCUUUUCAGGACGUAGGAUUAAACCUUGAGGAAGCCUCGUGCUAGUUUUAGGAAUCCCAAUCCUUCGCAAAUCGGAAAUUUUAAACUAGACGUAGCGGGUUGUAGGUUGUGGUCACCCACCUCACAAUAACCUUGGACUGGCCUUUUGCUAUAGACAUAGCAUACCCCUGGACACCUACCCAAAACUCACCUUCCAUCCCCAACCCCCAUAUUUUUUUAAUUGUGUUUUUUUGCCGGUGAAGUACAAGAUGUUUGGUGUAAAUAAGAUGUAAAUAUUUCGUUACUUAGUAUUUUUUAUAAACAGUGCUACUAGCUUAUGUUUUGAUUCAUCUCUUCAUUUUUUUUUUUUUUUUGUCCUUCGAAGCACCUUUUUCACCUGGUUCUGUUGAGAAUUCAGUCUGUUGUUCACUUCUGGAGGAGUGGUCAUUUCUGUCACAUGUCAAAAGAAGAGGAAAAAAGUUGGUGGAUGGGCACUCAAGUCCUUCAUUGGCUUGGUGCCUCGUUGAUACCCACCCACGUUUGAGGGUCUGGUAACAUUCUGACCAUCAAAUUUUUUGGCGUCAGUAGAAAGAAAAGUUUUUUUCUGGGGGGGCCCAUUCCGAUCUCAUAAAUCCCAUAGCUGCUGGAUUCUUGUUUGUUUGUUUGUUUGUUUGUGCAGAUAUAAUACUGACCUCCAGAAGGCCCUUGGCACCUUGACAAGUCGUCCAGUUAUCUUCAAACAUGAACCAACUCUUCCCAGUUUUAAAUUUUUCCAAUUCUAACCUUCCUUGCAUCUCCUGUUUUCCACGUCGUCUCUUGAGUUGUCUUGAAAUAAUCACUUGGACAUCAAGCAUAUAUCUUGAAGGUUUAAUAUUAAGUUAUGCAGUUACUGUCUUCCACGUUUUUAUGUGAUAAACACUUGAUUAAUUUAUAAGACAUCUGUGUUAGUGUAUAUUCAACAGAACCCAUUUUAUUUUUACUUUCUUUAAAGUCAUCCCCAUCAGACUGUUCUUGGCCACUUUUCUUUCCUACACUUAUUCCCAAAAGGGUAGUUGUCUAUUGGCGCCUGUUUGCUGGUAACUGAUCCUUCUAAGUAGAGGAAUUGAUAGCUAAAUAAUGAGUUGGAAGCCUCUGCCAGGAUGCUGUUUGGUACAUGCAUACACCAUAAGAGAUGCUAUCUGGGGAGAUUUGUAGAUAUCCUGCCAUUGUUUUCAGAAACUGUUGGCGGGAAGACAGUUCUUGUGGAUGUUCCACUCUGCAAUGUUUUGAGGAAAUGCAGUUUUUUUUUUAUUGCUUGGGAUUUUUUUAUGCUUUUUUUGAGGGUGAGAGGAAGAGAGACAGUUGUUCUUUUCACACACUCAUCAUUAUCAUCCUCAUCAUCAUCGUCACGUUUUUUGUGGUGUGUUUGUCUGAUUCAGUGUUGGUGCUUUGACGAUGUCGAAGUGCUUCGAGAAGUUUUGCCUUCCCGGACGAUUGGUGCUAUAAAUCAGAGGAUUGGAGGAAUAGAACUUCUUUUUUUGAAUCAUAUAAUGUCACUUUCAGCACAUCAUUUCCACAAUGGCAAAUACGGGAAAGGACAGAAGGAAUAAAAGGGGAAACUUUUGAUGUUUGUGUGGAAAGGAAUCGUUAAGACACGGGAUAGGGACUGUGCAAAACAAAUAAGAAAUGGGAUUGUGCAAAUAGGCAGCACAUCAAGUUGCAGGAUCAUAUUGAUAUCCUUUUUAGGCCGAUAAGCUUUUUUUUCUGAAAACUAAUGUGGGGGUCUAUUUGGACUUCCCAUUCUCCCGCCUUGGGCCAUGUAAGGAAUUCUUAUCAUUUUCCAGAGAGCUUCUUGGUCUCACGAAAACUAUUGUUUACAUUCUUCCUCUUCUUCUUGAUUUCUUCUUUGAUAUAGUAACUCUUUUCCUCUCUCCACUGUUGUAUGGCCUCUUACGGGUUGCAGUUAAUGCUAAUAAUUUUUUUUUUCGUGUGUGUGUGUUCAUGUUCUUCCCAUAUUUUUUUCCCAUUGAGCUUUUAUUUAUGACUUCUCCAUUUUCAAGGAUUUGUUGAGUCUUACAGUCAAAUAUUUUAUAUAAAUUAUAUAUAUUUUUUCUCUCUCAUGUGUGUUCUUUCUUUGACAAGUCUUCUGUUGUCAUAAAUGUACAUAAAUGAAAAACUUAAGAAAAUAUAAAAUUUUUUUGGAAUGAAA